AUUUCUUCACCGAUGGGAAUGUGGGUGGAGAGAGAUGCCAGAUUUAUCUUUGGGUCUGUAGGGCUGGGUCUCCCUCGCUCUCUCUCUAUAAAUAUAACCCCAGUUGUCCUUCUGCUCUUGCCUUGCUCUAUGUCUCAUGGGGACUCUUUGCCUGCUCUCCCUCAGUGGCCAAUUUUACUUUACUUACCAGCUUUUCCACUCAACAACAACAACAACCAAGAAAAUGGCCCAGCAACAGCAGAUUAGCUUACCUGCCAAACUAAUCAAUGGAGGGAUUGCAGGCAUGGUAGGAGUCACUUGUGUGUUCCCAAUCGACCUGGCUAAGACCCGUCUACAGAACCAGCGCAGUGGCCAGCAGCUGUACAGAAAUAUGAUGGAUUGCCUUAUUAAAACUGUGAAAUCUGAAGGCUACUUUGGCAUGUACAGAGGCGCUGCAGUAAAUCUGACCUUAGUAACCCCGGAGAAGGCCAUAAAACUAGCUGCUAAUGACUUCUUCCGUCACCAACUGAGCAAAGACGUUGGCAGUCUCACGGUUUUCAAGGAGAUGUUGGCGGGAUGCUGUGCAGGAAUGUGCCAAGUCAUCAUCACCACACCGAUGGAGAUGCUUAAGAUUCAGCUGCAAGACGCAGGCAGGCUAGUUGCUCAGCAGAGAGUUGUACCCAGUGUGGCAACAACACUGAAGAUGGGAGGAACAAGUGCUGUCCUCAGCCGCUCCUAUAACACGGUCCCUGCACCUCAGGUCAUGCAAAUUUCUGCCAUCCAGAUCACCAAAGAUCUUCUGAGGACCAAAGGAGUUGCAGGAUUGUACAGGGGACUUGGGGCCACCUUGAUGAGGGACAUCCCAUUCUCUGUUGUAUACUUCCCUCUUUUUGCACAUGUUCACCAGCUUGGUCAGCACUCAUCAGAAGAUCCAUCUGUGCCUUUUUAUUGGUCCUUCAUGUCUGGCUGCUUGGCUGGAUCAGUCGCUGCUGUGUCUGUCAAUCCUUGUGAUGUGGUCAAGACAAGACUGCAGUCACUGAAGAAAGGAGCUAAUGAGGAGACCUACAAUGGAGUUAUGGACUGUGUCAGGAAAAUCCUGAGGAAAGAGGGUCCCAAGGCUUUCCUUAAGGGAGCUAGUUGCCGAGCUUUGGUCAUCGCCCCACUUUUCGGCAUCGCACAGGUUGUGUACUGUGUGGGAGUUGGAGAGUUCCUGCUUGGUUACACACCCUACGAAAUCUACUCUGCAUAAAUAAUCUGAUUUCAGACCUUAGUGCAGAAUAAUUAAAAUGCAGCAGCUAUGUUUUGGGAUUGUAAAUCCAGUUUUUAUUUAUUUUUUUACAACUGCAUACCCUCUUUAUUGUAAGAGGUUUGAAGAUAAAUGCUAAAGGGACCAGGAAGAGGCUAUUUUGUUUCAGAAUGGCUUUCAAUCAUGCCUUUAGCUUGACUGUUUUUUUAUUAAAAAGACUACAGUUGACACUUUCUUGUCUACGAGCUUCAGUGGAGCUUAUUGUGAGGAAGAAAAGUUGAUUCCCUCACUGAGGGAUUUGAUCACCAGUUUGCUCUAGAAUAAACCACACAUUGUCCUCUGUUUUUAGAGAUCUAAAUAUAUCCCCUCGUAACUUAAACCUGACCAUCCCAUCAGCUGAUUCCCCCUAACAACCACUAGGCAACAGGACAGUGUUGUAAAAGUGAACCAGAUAGCAUAGCAUAAGACUCUACUUGAAACAUUUUUAUUUCACAUUUUUGAAAAUGUGAAGCUGGGGUGUGGAGCAUUGCUCUCACCCAUGUAUAUAUUGUAUAUUUAUAUUAAAACAGAGAACAUGUUUCAAAUAAUUCUCACCACAAGAUGAUUAUUUUAUUAAAUCUUCUACGACAUGAUUACGUAAGUAAGGAUUUCAAUGACCUGGGAAAAUGACAGUUGAAGGUUCAUAUCUUUGAAAAAACAUGAGAAAAACUGAUUGUUUUGAGGUCAAAUGAUUAAAAUAGAAAAACAUUUAAACUGUUUAGUUGGUAUGUUAUUUUUAUGAUUUUAGUGAUCACACAAGCUGAUUUCUGUAGAUUUUGUUUAAGGGAGACGUGUUACUGCAUUUACUAAGUCCACAUUUAUUUAUUCUAUAAGAGCAGGGCAGCCUUCUGCAAUUGUUUCUGUUGAACAGCCUUUUCAUGUUGGAUUCUGGAAAAGUCAAAUAAAAAUGCACAAGACUUUAUCAGUGAGUUUAUCUUUUUAACUCUUUGGACCAAGUCUUGUUGUAAAAUGUAAAUAAACAGAUAUGUAAAAUGAUGAUACAGAUCUAAGCGCAUGCCGUUGUUGUUUUAGUCUAAUUUCCAAAAGUAAAAAUGUAAAUAAAUAAUCAAAUGUGAAACAAA